AUGUUUCCAACGGUGGACUCGGAAGAUAUUUCGCAGGUCACGUCAUUAAAAGAAAAACAAAGUCUUUCUAGCGAUGUGCGAGAUUCGUCAGAAAAUUCUCAAGUGGCGAAACAAAACAAUAACAGAGAGUUAACUGUCAAUAUGUUGAUAAAAGAAAUGAUUUUUUGCAUUGCCUUAGCAUUGACUACCUAUGGAGCUCUCCAUACUACCCCUUCUAAAGUUUCCAAGCAUCCACAAGCAGUAAAUUUUUUUAAUUCAGGCUCUGUAGUAAAGGACUGGUAUAGAGGUCAACUUGGCAAUGCACUUGCUGCUGUCAAUAUUGCAGAUGUGUCAUUUAUUAUGUAUUAUGCCCCAUGGGAUGCAGAAUCACAAUAUGUCAGGGGAGAGUUUGAGUUGGCAGCUAACAUCCUUAGUGGCCGGGUACAUUUUGCUGCCAUCAAUUGCUGGAAUCCUGGAAGUGAAUGUAGAUUACAACACAACAAAAUUCCGUCAUGGCCUAUUCUAAUGGCUUAUACUGUUAAUUCAAAAGGAGUGCUUUAUAAAGGCCCUAGAGAUGCACACAGUAUGGUUAACUUUUUGGAGUUAAUUAUGAAACCUUUGGAAAGAGUAUCUUCAACUGAAGACUUAGUACAUUUAUUGUCUAUUUAUGAUGCUGUAGCUAUUGGUUUCACACCUCUUACAGACACAUCAAAAUAUUAUAAUAUAUGGUACAAUGUUGCCUUAAAGUCACGGGAAUUUGACACAGUUGGGGAAAUAUGUUUUGCUGUUGUUACAUCAGCAGAGUUGGCAAUGGAUCUUGGUGUGGAAAUUUUGCCCAAGGCUCGUCUUAUGCUUUGGAAUGACACUAAGGAAUUUAAAACAGAAGAUGGCAAUAAUUCUUGGAAUGAAUCAUCACUUAUGCAUUGGGUAUUGGAGAAUUUUUCUCAGCCUGUGGCAAGGAUUAUACCAAUGUGGAAGAAAUCAUUUAGCUUUGAUAGAUAUGCUGAUGGCAGCCCAAUGUUGUUGCUUUUUUACUCCUUUAAACCCCUUAUAUGA